CAAGACAGACUCUCCCCCACAGGGCCGCAGGGUAGCUGGUAAACUUCUGAAGACACUUUUAGUUAGUAAACUUCAUAUAGUACUUGUACAUGGUCACUCUGGGUAUACUUAAGUAGAAGUACUUUCUGGACGAAUACCAAAUAAAGUAAACUUCAAGAGUACUUUUUCUACCCAGACAGGAUCGCUGACUCAAACACUGACUUUGAAAUUUGCCAGAAAUACAAAAAAAAAAAAAAAAACUUUAUUCUUUCAAACGUUACAGAUAAUCAGAAUUCCAAAGGAGGAAAACAGAAAUGCUUACAAAGGACUUUCUCCCGUUUGGAUGCAGCAGACACAAAUAUUUAAAGGUGAGUGACUUUUUUCUUAUUUUUAUUUAUUACUUUACUACCAUAAUUUUUUUAAAAUCAAGAAAUUGAAAUACAUUUUGACAACAAAGUGAACAUUUAGGGGAAAAUAAAAUAUAAAAACAAUUAUGAAGCUUUGAAAGCGGAAGCUCUAUUUACUUCCGGUGACGCAGGUCAAAGUUGAUGCCGCGUGCCCAAAGCACAGGAUUGGCCGAUCGCAGUGUGCUUUCAUUUCAUUGGACAGAAAAACUCACGCCUACUCCCAACUCGAAUAAGAAAAAAACAAGCUACAAGAUCAUCUCUGUGGCACCGAGGCGGCAGUAAGGAUGCUGUCGGCACACAGAGCAUGUGCAGCUCUAGCUGCCUGCCGCCUGCUCCAAGCCUCUACCUCCUCAUCCCACACACACCGCUGUCUCAUCCACACUUCCCGGUCGCACCGGGACAGAUCCGAGCUUCAUCCGGAGUGGGCCAGCCUGGCUAAGAAACAGCUGAAAGGAAAGAACCCAGAGGAUCUAAUAUGGCGUACACCUGAGGGAAUCAACAUCAAGCCUGUAUACACUCAGGCCGACUCGGAGGGACGUGCCGAUGAGCUGCCGGGAACGUUUCCCUACACUAGAGGGCCCUAUCCCACUAUGUACACGUACAGACCAUGGACAAUCAGGCAGUAUGCUGGCUUUAGCACUGUGGAGGAGAGCAACAAAUUCUACAGAGAUAACAUUAAAGCCGGCCAGCAGGGUCUCUCUGUGGCCUUUGACCUCCCGACCCACCGCGGUUACGACUCGGACAACCCCAGAGUCCACGGUGACGUCGGCAUGGCCGGAGUAGCCAUCGACUCGGUGGAGGACAUGAAGCUGCUCUUCGAUGGAAUCCCUCUGGAGAAGAUGUCCGUCUCCAUGACGAUGAACGGCGCCGUCAUCCCCGUUCUGGCGAUGUUUAUUGUGACGGGAGAGGAGCAGGGCGUCCCCAAAGCGAAGCUAACCGGCACUAUUCAAAACGACAUUCUAAAAGAGUUUAUGGUGCGGAACACGUACAUCUUCCCUCCGGAACCUUCCAUGCACGCCAUAGCAGAUAUAUUUGCCUAUACCUCCAAGAAUAUGCCCAAAUUCAACUCCAUCUCCAUCAGUGGCUACCAUCUUCAGGAGGCCGGGGCCGAUGCCAUCCUGGAGCUAGCCUACACCAUUGCUAAUGGUCUGGAGUAUUGCCGGACCGGCCUGAAAGCAGGUUUAACCAUCGACGAAUUUGCCCCAAGAUUGUCGUUCUUCUGGGGCAUCGGGAUGAAUUUCUACAUGGAAAUAGCCAAGCUGAGAGCGGCCCGGAGGCUGUGGGCGACUCUCAUCCAAGAAAACUUCCGACCCACGAACUCCAAGUCGCUCCUCCUGCGGACACAUUGCCAGACGUCGGGCUGGUCGCUGACCGAGCAGGAUCCGUACAACAACGUGAUCCGGACGGUGAUCGAGGGCAUGGCCGCCGUGUUCGGGGGCACGCAGUCGCUGCACACCAACUCCUUCGACGAGGCGCUGGGCCUGCCGACGGUGAAGAGCGCUCGCAUCGCCAGGAACACCCAGAUCAUCAUCCAGGAGGAGUCGGGGAUCCCCAAAGUGGCCGACCCCUGGGGGGGCUCGCACAUGAUGGAAGCGCUCACUGAUGACGUUUAUAAUGCAGCGCUGAAGUUCAUUAAAGACAUUGAGGACAUGGGGGGCAUGGCCAAAGCCGUGGCAGAGGGCAUCCCCAAACUCCGCAUCGAGGAGUGCGCCGCACGUCGCCAGGCCCGCAUCGACUCAGGAGCUGAAGUCAUCGUCGGAGUGAACAAGUACCGCCUAGAAAAAGAGGAGACGGUGGAGGUGCUGGCGAUAGACAACACGGUCGUACGUCAGAAACAGAUUGAGAAGCUCAAAAAGGUGAGAGAAAGCCGAGACGCAGAGGCUGCGAGGAGUUGUCUGGCGGCCAUUGAGGAGUGCGCUCGAACCAGGGAGGGGAACCUUUUGGCUCUGGCUGUGGAGGCUGCUCGAGCCAGAUGCUCUGUUGGAGAAAUCACCGACGCCAUGAAGAAAGUGACUACGAGUUCCUGUAUCAGAGCGGCGUGUGCGCCAUCUUUGGUCCAGGAACGCGGAUCCCUCAGGCUGCCGUGGAGGUCAUAGACAACAUCGAGAAAAGCCUGGAAAACAUACGGCAGGCCAUGUAAAAAACUAAAGUCACACUUCUGGACUGAAUCUUUGGGGCUGGGAAAGAAUUUAAUUCUUUGAUUCCUUUAAAAAAUCAUUUUUCAGUUUUAGUUCAAACCGUCACUGAACGUCACAUGGGUUUAUGUAAUGUCUGAGACAUUUAGGUUUUACUUUAAUGCUUGAAAACUGAACAAUAAUCGCAUUUAUUGACUAAUCCAAUGUUUGCCUGUAAACAGCUCUGAGGAAACACACCGAUCAGCAUUUCCCCACAGGCUCUGAAUGUGUUUCUGUCUUUUUCUAAUCCACAACUUCAUGUAAGCGUGUUUGAUGAAUGAACAUUUGUCACAUAAAUGAAAGCUGAUGUGAGCGACAUUCCUCGGUUUCUGUUUGUCUUUCAGUCGAUGGCCUUCCUUUUUAUUAUCCUGGUUUUACCAUCAAAGCAACUGAUGUUUGAAGGUUUUAACAAAAAAUGCUUUAUCUAGUAUUUUUAUGUCCUGAACUGAAGGUCGAGAUUGUUUUUAAAAUUCUUCUUUCUCUGCGUCUUUAAGCAAAAAUUCAACCCCACCACGUUCUCUAAAUCUCACCCAGUACUUUGUGAAAAA